AUGGAUAUGGUAGUGGUCGUUGCCAACAGCAACCCUUUUCCACCUGUGCGUCAUACCUUCCCCCAGAGUUUGGGAAGUUCUGCUACAAGGAUCAUAGUACAGGGUGGACAAAGACAGCAAAGCAGCAGCAGCAGCAGCACUUAUAUCACGGGUUCCCAAGGCAGCCAGUCCUAUGGCCAGGGCUACAGACCUCAAGGUGGCAGUUCCUAUGGCCAGGGUGGGCCAAGUUUCUCGGGCAGCAGCAGUUCCUAUGGCCAGAGCUACCAGCCUCAAGGUGGCAGUUCCUAUGGACAGGACUACAGACCUCAAGGUGGCAGUUCCUAUGGCCAGGGUGGGCCAAGUUUCUCGGGCAGCAGCAGUUCCUAUGGCCAGGGCUACCAGCCUCAAGGUGGUAGUUCCUAUGGACAGGGUGGAGCUUCUUCAAGUGGCAGCAGCGGUUGUGGACAAGGUGUUUCAUAUGAUAGCAAUCCCUGCCACCAGGGUGGAUCACAGGGUGGAUCACAGGGUAGUCAGGGUGGAUCAUACUCACAAAACUAUGGUGGUAGCCAACAGAGUGGAUCAUCAUCCUCACAAAAUUAUGGUAGCAACCAGGAUGGAUCCUACUCACAAAACUAUGGUGGUGGCCAAGGUGGAUCAUCCUCCUCAGACACCUAUUAUGAUAAUCAGGAUUCACAAUAUUCCCCAGAUGAUAAUCCCAAUGCUUGUGAUGAUAAUGACACUACUUACAGUGCCAAGAGUCGGGGUUCUGGUUGUGCAAAGAAGAAAGUUCUUGUUGCCCGAGAUACAUCACACGCUUUAAGCAGAAGAGCCUAUGAUGUCCAGAAUGCAUCUUCUCCUUCAAACAGCAGCCACACUGAUGUCCAGGGUGGAUCAUUUAUUGCAACCAGUGGUGGAUCAAGUAAUCAGGGUGGUUGCAUUUGUCCUGAUGGAAGCAGUGGUCAUAGACAGGGAGCCCCAGGUUAUCCACACAGCACAUAUUCUGGUAACCAGGGAGGGCCUUUCUUCUAUCCCGGAGGAUCCUAUGGACAGGGUGGCCCAGGUUCUUCCCACAGUUCUUACUCUGGUAACCAGGGAGGGUCUUCCUACUAUCCUGGUGGAUCCUACGGACAGGGAGCCCCAGGUUAUCCACACAGCACAUAUUCUGGUAACCAGGGAGGGCCUUUCUUCUAUCCCGGAGGAUCCUAUGGACAGGGCGGCCCAGGUUCUUCCCACAGUUCUUACUCUGGUAACCAGGGAGGGUCUUCCUACUAUCCUGGUGGAUCUUAUGGACAGGGAGGGUCUUCUGUUUAUGAUGGUAGCAGUGAAUCCUAUGGUCAGGGUGGAUCUUCCGCAUAUAGUGGUGCUGAGUCCUAUGGCCAGGAUUCGCCUUCCAUAGGAGGCAGUGAAACUGCUGAGAGUGAUUCCUCCUCACCAGCUGGUAGCCGCCAGAGUGAACGGGAUUUUUAUUCCCCAGGAGGCAGCCAGUCAGGUGGACAUGGAUCAUCUUCUCAAGGUGGUGGCUACUCGAGUGGACAGGACUCAUCGUCAUCUGGAAGCAGCCAGUAUGGUGGGCAGGGUUCAUCUUCUUCAGGAGGCAGCCAGCCUGGUGGACAGGGUGCAUGUGAUUGUUCUGGGGGAAGUUCUGGUGGAUCCCCUACCUUAGUCAGAAGUGAUGCCUCUGCAAAUGACUCAUCUUCUUCUGGAGGCAACCAGUACAGCAGCCAAGAUUCGUAUUCCUCAGGAGCUAGCCAGUAUGGAGGACAUGGGCCAUCUUCUUAUGGAGGCAGCCAAUAUGGUGGACAAGGUUCACCUUCCUCAGGAGGCAGCCAAUAUGGUGGACAGGGUUCACCUUCUUCAGGAGGCAGCCAGUAUGGAGGACAGGGUCCAUAUUUCCCAGGUGGCAGCCAUUAUGGAGGACAGGGUGUGGCUUCUUCAGGAAGCAGCCAGUACAGUGGACAGGGCUUUUCUUCAGGAGUCAGACAGUCUGGUGGACAGGGUGGGUGUGUAUGCCCCGGUGGAGGUCCAGGCUCUUUCGGAGGAGCCAACUAUGCUGGUGGACAGGGUUCAUCAUAUUCUGGAAGCAAUCAGUAUGGUGGACAGGGAUCUUAUCCCUCAGGAAGCAGCCAGUAUGGUGGGCCGGGCUCAUAUUCUUCUGGAGGCAGACAACAUGGUAAACCAGGUUCAUCUUCCUCAGGAAGCAGUCAUCAAGGAAAGCCAGGUGGCUCUGGCUCAGGAAGCACUUAUUCUGGAAAACAGUCACCUUCCUCUGGAGGCAGUCAAGUGAGCUCUGCUGGGAAACACUCCACUCCCCAACUCCUGAUGUUAUUCAGUGUUUUGAGUGCCUUUGCUCUCUCUGCUGCCACAUCAAAAUGGUCUAUAUGAACCUCCGAAGAGCUGUUUGACAACCUAAACAUGGAUUAUAUUCCAUAUUAUUAGAUUAAUUACUUAAUGUAAGAAAAAAAAUAUCCUUAAGUCAAAUUGUCAGAUGCUACUUGGCUGUUAUGUUGCAUGUCUAGCUGAUAUGUCAUGCCUUUCAUUAGUUUACCUCUGGUUUUAGUCAUUAGUAGAUAUCAUUAGUUUUGUCAGUGUUUUAGGCAUCAUUUUAAGAGAGCAUAUUGUACCCCACCUGUAUGAUUUAUUUGUAUUUCUGACAGGGAAUGUGAUAAACACCUGCCUGAAAUGACUGGUGUGACAAAUGAACACUUAGAAAGUAUUUGGUUAUUAACCAAAGUGGACGAGGUCAAAUAAAUCGUUAUAGAUGCGA